UGCUUUCAGACAAAACAAGGGAUAAGCGGAUAACCACACGUGAUAACCAUAGGAAACCUCAUCGCAGACGCUCCUUUCCUACCAGACGCACUUGUUCACGAGUAUGGCAGUAUCUGGCCUCACCGCUGUUGUAUUGGGUGCCACCGGGGCUAUAGGCAGUGAGCUCGUUCAACAGUUAGUGAAUAACCCUGGCUUUAAAAAGGUCGUCACUGUAGGACGUCGAGCUUUGGAUGGCGCGCCCACGGGACCCGUCGAGCUUGUUCAGAGGACAGUAAACAUGGAUGCGCUAGAGACGGAGGCUAAAGAUGCUUUCACUGGGGCUGAUGUCGUGUUCUGUGCUCUUGGAACCACACGGAAGACUGCUGGAAGCGCUGAUGCCUUUAAGAAAGUGGACUUUGAGUAUGUGGACAAGUCAGCACGCCUGGCCCACGCAUGCGGCGUCCGCCACUACUCCCUCGUGUCGGCACAAGGCGCCAACCACAAGUGCCCUGCGAACGACCUAGGCCUCUUCCACGGGCUACUGUACAAGAAAACCAAGGGCAUGGCAGAGCAGUCGGUGCUGCAGCAGGGCUUCCAGCGCGCCUCCAUUUUCCGUCCGGGGCUUCUGAACCGCGGAGAUAAGGCGCGAGCAAUGGAGAAGCUGGCGGCGCACGUCUUCUCCAGCAUUCAAGUGAAGGAUGUCGCACGACUCAUGAUCCUGGACGCCCUGCGCGACCCGGCUACGGCCCAGCCGGCAGCGGUGUUUGAGAUGGGGGAGCUGCUGAAGGCCUGCCAGACCGCUGGCCAGCCACCCGCACCGUCAAAGUAACGCCAGGAAGCCAGCAGAACGGUUGUCAUGGGGUGCUGUAGAUAAGAGCAGACACGGGAGGUGUUGAAAGUUGCAUGUUGAGCGUACGGUAUGUGGGAGAGGACGGUGGUGAGGGCGGCUUGGAGAUUGCUAUGUUACUGAGGCUGUGCUACCUAGCCCGGGGACCGCUAGUCUGCGUGUCGGUGGCGAUGUGCAUUCCCAAGAUAUGUCGCAGACGUCUCUCGAGGGUUUGGAAUCAUUUUCACGCCUAGAUGUGUAAAGUUGGGCCCAGGAAGCGGCACCGGUCAUGCUGGGCUGCAAAAUGGCUCUCAUGGUGAGGCGAGUUGAGAGCAGAUGCUUUCCCAGUUGUUGCAAGGAAAGGAGUUUCAUAGUUCGUAUGCCGGGACGAUGGCUUUAUGGAGCUAUACACGUAUGUCGCUGCGUGUUUCGGAGCCUUGGCAAUGCGAAGGUAUUUACGUUAGCUGUAGCCGUCUCAGGGUGGAUUGGCCACGCCCUCUUACUACCCGUCGAGCAUGUCUUACUGUUUUCGGUUUGCGCAGCCGGUACACGUCGUCUUGUCUCAUGGCGACGCAGCCGAGUGGCCAUAUGGUUUGCAUCAAUUACUCUCCCAACAAAAACUAACAAAAUAAAUUGACAUUACCGCAUGCUGUGAAGAACUGGG